UCUGUUUGAAAGAGGUGUACAAGAGGAUAACUUACAGACGAGAGAAGAAGCUUCUCUGGAGCAAACUUAAACCAAACGGACUAUUCCCGUGCAUUUUCCUUUUCUUCUGGAAUCUUAGCGCAAACAGUCUGGGAAACAUGCCUGUGACAAGGAUGAGGAUGAGGCCAUGGCUGGAGAGCAUGAUCGAGUCCAACGAUAUCUCUGGUCUGACCUGGUUGGAUAAGGAAAAGACGAUGUUUUCAAUUCCCUGGAAACACGCAGCCCGGCACGGCUGGGAGCUGGACAAGGAUGCAUGCCUUUUCAAAAAAUGGGCAAUUCACACAGGGAAAUAUGCGGAGGGCCAGACUUGUGACCCCAAAACAUGGAAAGCCAACUUCCGCUGUGCAAUGAACUCCCUGCCUGACAUCAAGGAGGUGAAAGACAAGAGUGUUAACAAAGGUCACCAAGCCGUGCGUGUCUUCAGGAUGCUGCCUUCGACACCGAAAUCUAGAGAUAAACGAAGCAAGGCGAGGGAAGCAAAGCCGAGGAGGAAGAGCUCGAUGGUGAAGAUGGAGGAAGACACGGACUACAGCGACACUCAGUCUUCCACUCCUCCAUCACCACAAGAGGACAUGCAAGAAAACACAGUGGACAGCACAGUGCAGAUCGACCAGCAAGAUUUGUCCAUUGUUUCUCCAUGUGAGGUUCCUGACUGGUCUUCGUCAGUUGAGAUCGGCCCUGACAGCUUCUCCCACAGAUUUGAAGUUUCGCCUGAGCACGACUGUGAUGAUUACGACGAAAUCAUCCAGAUUUGCCAGCAACUGGAGAGUGAAACACAGUGGAUGCCAAACAGUUCAGACUACAAGGGUUUCCUGAACAAUGACGCAUGCACCAGUCCAGAGAGCCUUUGGAGUGACUCUUCUUCAGUCGACGAACUAGACAGCACGCCACAGUACACAACUUUGGUCUCAGACUUCACAAGCCCAACAGACGACUUCUGGAGCUUGUACAAACAGCUCAAUCUCAGUCAAUGAGAACUGCAGCACUGGACUGGACAGUGGUUUUGACACUGUGGACUUUUUUUGACAGAGCUCUUCUUGGUCACAACCUUUCCUUCCACGUGAGCCGUCAUCUCAGCUGAAUCAUUCACCACCCACCCUCCGGUGUCAGCACCUUAAGCUACAACACCAUCCUCCCCCCGAGAACUUGCUCCCCCUCCCUCAUCCUGUUAUAUGAAGUUGUGAAAAGAAGUUAUGAAGAAGUACACUGCUGUGUGACAGGAGGUCACAUUCUGCUCAUCAUUUGUGUUUUUGGCAGGUUCAAAGCAUUUUACUGUACAGUUCUGUUUUUUUUUUUUUUUUUUUGUUGUACUUGUAAUAGCAUAUAAAUCUGUUGAGUUCCAGCAGAUCAUUACAUUUUUACAUUAUAACACAUAGCCAUUAAAGCAAAGAGGGGAAAUGGCAUUUGGUGCGUGUAGAAUUUGACUCGUAGGUAAUGCAUAGUGUCACAAUAAUAUCACUUUUUUUUUCCCUCCGUUAUGAGUAAACUUCAGUUAAAGGGACAGACAUGUAUCUUAACUCUCAACUUCUGGUGAAAGCUGAUGUAAGCUUUUUGCUUAAAGCAAGUGUAAAAAAUGUACAUAGUUGUUUGUGUUUGUGUGUGAUUUUUAAAAAAAAAUAAAUGUGUUAACAAAACAUGAA